GAACCAAUACUCCCAAAAAUGGGGAACUAUGGGUCUUGCUUUACCUCAAAAGAAACCGAAGCCUUUCCAGUUGAAACGAGGUUCAAGCUUCCUUCUCCAUUGCCUUCUUGGCCACAAGGUGAAAGUUUUGCAAGUGGUACAAUUGAUCUUGGAGGAUUAGAAGUUUGUCAAGUUACAUCUUUCAAGAGAAUAUGGUCAACUUCUCAGAUUGGAUCUAAUGACACUGAUGUCACAGUCUUUGAGCCAUCACCACUUCCAGAUGGGUUCUCCUUGCUUGGUUGCUACUGUCAAUCCAAUGACACCCCACUUUUUGGUUGGAUUCUCGCCGGAAAAGAUGUCUCCGGCGGAACCCUUGUUAAUCCGGUCGACUAUACCCUCGUUUGGAGCAGUAAUGAUUCAUGUUACAUUUGGCUGCCAACACCACCGGAGGGUUAUAAGUCAGUUGGGUAUGCUAUUACUACCUCACCGGAAAAACCCUCCUUAGAUAAAAUCCGUUGUGUUCGUGCUGAUCUAACUGAAGAACCUGAAACUGAUGCAUUGUUAUGGGGUUCGGAUGGUGUCAGUGUGUAUGGAUUAAGGCCAAAAGUUAGAGGGCGACAAGCGCAAGGGGUAUCGGUAGGUACAUUCAUAAUUGUGAAAGAUGGAGACGAUUCGAGUUUAUUGUCUCUUUCUUGCUUGAAGAACAAUAAUUUCGAUAAGUCAACUUCUUUUUUGCCAAAUGUAGCACAAAUUAAUGCCCUUGUUCAAGAAUACUCUCCAAGAUUCUUUUUUCACCCUAAAGAAACCUACUUGCCUGCUUCAACAACAUGGUAUUUCACCAAUGGUGUUCAAUUGUACCACACCGGAGAGGAAUCAAACCCAAUUCCGGUCGAAUCCACUGGCUCUAAUCUUCCGCAAGGUGGUUCAAACGAUGGCACAUACUGGCUCGACCUCCCUGUUGAUGAAACUGAGAGAGAAAGAGUCAAGAAAGGUGAUUUGCAAAACGGUGAGGCUUAUAUUCAUGUCAAACCAAUGCUUGGAGCCACGUUUACUGAUCUAGCCAUUUGGCUUUUCUACCCUUUUAAUGGUCCUUCCACUGCAAAGUUUGGUUUAGUUGAUAUUCCUCUAGGAAGGAUUGGUGAGCAUAUAGGAGAUUGGGAGCAUGUGACCCUUCGGAUUAGCAACUUCGAUGGACUUUUGUAUCGUGUUUAUUUUGCUCAACAUAGUGGAGGAACAUGGGUCGACACCCCAUCACUCGAGUUCUUGGAUAUGAGUAAUAGAUUUGCAGCUUAUCCUUCGUUGAAUGGCCAUGCAACGUACCCUACUCCAGGGGUUGUAAUGCAAGGAACUGAUGUGAUCGGGAUCAGAAAUGAUGCUGCAAAAAGUGAUAAGUUUUUGGACGUAAAGGACAAGUAUUUGGUAAUGGCAGCUGAGUACACCAGUGACGUAAUCGAGCCACCAUGGGUGAACUACGCGAGGAAAUGGGGUCCAAAAAUAACGUAUGAGAUUGGGACUGAGAUCGAAAAAUUGGAGAAUUCAUUGACCGGAAUUGUGGGAUCGGCGAUCGGGAGUUUGCUGGAUAUUAUUCCGACCGAAUUUUCCAGCGAGGAUGGACCUACCGGUCCUAAAAUGAAGCCUGAAUGGGACGGGGAUGAACGGUGAUUAAAACUCUUAGUCAACUAAUUUCAUUGUUUUUCUUUUAAAUUCAUUUUUAUUGAUCACACGCAU